AUGGGUCGCAGAAAGAUUGAAAUUCGUCCCAUCAAGGACGACAGAAACCGCUCCGUCACUUUCCUGAAGCGCAAAGGCGGCUUAUUCAAGAAGGCAUACGAGUUGAGCGUACUCUGUUCCGUCGAUGUCGCAGUAAUCAUCUUUGGCAACAACAAGAAGCUCUACGAGUUCUCGUCGGGCGACAUUCACGAGACAGUAGCCCGCUUCCAAUAUUAUGGCGGCGCACACGAACACAAAGGACCGGCCGACUUCCAAGGCAAAGGUGGUGGUGAUGAUGACGAGGAAGGAGACGAGGAGCCCGCCGAACAGCAUGAAUCGCACUCGCCGCCAGAGGCAUCCAUGAUGCAGCAUCCCCUUCAGCACCAGCCUGGACUUCAACACAUGCGAAACUCGACGCCUUCCGCAUCUCCGCCCAUCCCAAAUGGCGCCAUGCCCGCCUUUCCUCAGCGCAUGGCCACUCCUCAGCCGCCGAAUGGUUCACGUCCCUCGUCUCGUGUCUCGCACUUUCGCCGUACCAGCUCGAACCUGGUACCUCAGCAGCAUAUGGGUCCCCAGUCGCAAGCUCCUGCUCCUCAGCCUACCUACGCCUAUUCUCCCAACGCUCCGUACCAUCCACCUCCUCCUAACCCCGUCAUGCAACGACCUACCCCGCAAGGUUUCGCCGUUCAACCCCCUCAAUACUACGCCCCAUAUCCUCCACCUACUCAACAGCAGAUGCAAGUCGCUGCUCAGCAAGCUUAUCUGCAGCAGGAACAAAGAAGGCAGUCGUCCGUCCCUCCGCAUUUCAUGAGCCAGGUUCAUCCAGGCGCCCAACAGCACAUGCCUACACCACAGCAGCAGCAUUAUCAACAGAAUCAGUCACAUAGCGCACAGCCUUCUCCACAACCUGACCAGCAUAAUUUCCAGAGUCCUCCGCUACCCCAGCCGAGACCCUUGCCAGCUCAUGCAAGGUCGCAUAGCAUAUUUACCCCCAUCGAUGACAGCCGCUCGCUCCUCGCUCAGCAUUGGGGUGGAAGUACGUCCAAUUACAGGGAACCAAUAAUCAAAACCGAAGUCCCUCGUUCCCACUCGGUCGAUGUAUCUUCUGCACCACGCCAGAGGGCUGUUGAGGCGCCGCCUAGACCAAUCGAUAUGACAGCAGCGGCACCACCAGCAACAGCAGCUCCCAAUCCUACUAUGCAAGCACCUCCUCCAGGACCUUCACAACGCACAGGCUCUAUUUCUUCAAUACCCGGGCCUAUACGCCCUGGAGGUGCGGCUGCCGAAGCAAAACGACCACGAUUGAAGGUGCAAAUUCCUAGCGAACAGUCAGAUGGCGGUAGUGCGACGGCGGACUCAUCGCCCAAGGAUGGUGGGACAGCGUCGGCGACUCCGAUGCGUGUAGGUCAAGGGGUCGUCCUUCCACCUCCAUCGCCAUCUACGAAUGCAGUCCUUUCUGCUGGUGCAUCUGGACCGCCCAAUCCGUUCGCGCGGCCCGCACCACCCAUCAGUACAAAUGCGCACGGAAACCGUGAGCGAGAUCACAUUGAAACGCCGCUCUCUGCACUUCCUAGUAGGGUCAUGGACGGCAACCACCUCUUACCCAGUCCGUCAUCGUUCUGGCCGGAUGCGUGGUUCGGGAGGGACAACAACAUGAUGCCCAGCCCGCUCAAUUUCCAGACGCCGGUAGUAUUGAGUGGGCCAGGGUUUAGAGAAGAGGACGAGAAGAAACGGAAAGCGGAAGAAGAAGCAGGUGGCGGUGGCAAGAGAGCCAAGGACUAG